CCUCCAUCUUCAUUAGAUUCAAAUCCGCCCCAUCCAUUUCCAUUUCCCUUUUCUCUCCUUUCUAAUUUUAAUUCUCCAUUGUUAUUCUCUUAAACCUCCAGACACACACUUUUGCUGAAUUUCCCCUUUUUCAUUCUCCUUGCUGCAACCUUGUGCUCGAGAAUGGAGGCUGGAUAUAAUCCUCGUACUGUUGAGGAAGUUUUUAGGGAUUUUAAGGGUCGAAGAGCUGGGCUUAUCAAGGCCCUUACUACAGAUGUCGAGGAAUUUUUCCAGCAGUGUGAUCCUGAUAAGGAAAAUUUGUGCUUGUAUGGGUUUCCUAGUGAGCAAUGGGAGGUCAAUUUGCCAGCUGAAGAAGUACCUCCUGAAGUCCCCGAGCCUGCCCUGGGCAUCAACUUUGCCAGGGACGGGAUGCAAGAAAAAGACUGGCUAUCUCUAGUUGCUGUCCACAGUGAUGCCUGGCUGCUUGCUGUUGCAUUCUAUUUUGGUGCUCGAUUUGGAUUUGAUAAAGCUGACAGGAAGCGGCUAUUCAAUAUGAUCAAUGAUCUCCCCACUGUAUUUGAAGUUGUUACAGGUGCUGCAAAGAAACAACAGAAAGAGAAAUCUUCAGUCUCAAAUCAUAGUAGCAACAAGUCCAAGUCAAACUCUAAAUCGCGGCCACCUGAAACUCAGGGAAAAUAUUCAAAGGCACAACCAAAGGAUGAUGAAGAGGGGUUGGAUGAGGAAGAAGAAGAUGAGCAUGGAGAGACGUUAUGUGGUGCCUGUGGAGAGAACUAUGCAUCAGAUGAAUUCUGGAUAUGCUGUGACGUAUGUGAGAAAUGGUUUCACGGAAAGUGUGUCAAGAUUACUCCUGCUAGGGCCGAGCAUAUCAAGCAGUACAAGUGUCCCUCAUGCAGCAACAAGAGAGCUCGCCCGUAGCAUAGAAUGUGGAUUUAAGUUUUUCACCUUCUCCGAGAAAGCUCUUCCUAUGCGCUGCAUUUCUUUUCAAUCAGGCUCUCUCUGGUGGUUUCUCUCUUCUGAUUCAUGUGAGAUUCAACAAUUCAGAUGAUGAAGAGGAUUAGUGGUCAUUGGCCCGUCUUAUAUUUACAAAUUUUGAAUAAGCUAUGCUUUUCCUUUUUCGACAAGGAAAUAAGCCCGUAUUAUGAACUUUUUUCUGUUUGCCUGAAUUUAGUGACACCUAUCCAAUUGGUGUAAUAAAUGAUAUCAUCGUACAUAAA